AUGUGGGACGACGCGCCGGAUGAUUUUCGCGAGCGGUGGUACGCGCGCGCGCGACCGCGCGGGACGCGGUGCGUGGUGGUGGCGACGCGGGGACGAACGACGGCGCGGAGCGCGCGGGACGGGACGACGCUGCGGACGUUUCAAUCGGGAUUGCCGGGAGGGAGCGCGCGGACGAGUCGAGGGCGGAGCGGGGAGUGCUUUUGCAUACUCGAUUGCGUGUUCGCGGAGGAUGAGCGGGCGAGGAAUGAGACGGGCGGGCGAGGGAAGGAGGCGGCGACGGCGAACGCGCGAGGCGCGUAUCACGUGUUGGACGUCAUGGCUUGGAACGGGGCGGCGAUGUACGAUUGCGACGCGGAGUUUCGGUUUUUCUGGGCGCACACGCGAUUGACGGAGGAGUGCGACGCGUGUGAGGCGCCGAACGCGGCGCUGGGGAGAGACUUCGCGUUCGUCCCGACGCCGUGGUACGAGUGCGACGUCGACGGCGUCUCGAGAGCGUACGCGGGAGAUAUCGGUACCGAGAUCGAUGGGUUGCUGUUUUACCACAAAGAGGCGGCGUACGAAAAUGGCGCGACGCCGCUCGUGUUGGCGUGGCGCGAUGCGAAGACGUCGGCGUUUUUCACGCGCGACGAAGGCGCGGCGACGGUGCUCUCGCGCGCGGGCGUCGUCCUCCCGGGAGACCCCACCGCGGCGCAAAUCAUCACCUUGACGAAGUCGAGCGACGGAAGAUUCUUCGUCACCGGUGACGAUGAGCCAAUGGUCAUCGCCGCCGUGGAUGCGGUACCGCGGGCGUCGGAGAAAGUCGCCGCGCCCGCGACGCUCGAGCCGGGCCGCUCGGGCCGUUUUCUCGUCGGUCCGUCGGGAUUCGACGUCGACGUCGAAACCGCGCACGUGCGAAGCGCUGACUUGCACUAUCUCGGUCCGAAACCACCGAAGCGACGCGGUGUCGAUCGCGCGGACGCGCUUUCGAAGAUCCUCUUCAACGCUCGAGCGCGAACGGCGCCGCUCGGCAUCGACGCUCUGUUGUCCGCCGCCGCCGCGGACGCCCCCAUGACCGAUCACGCGCGUUGA